AUGGCUUCAACAUUUCAUCCUCCACCUGCAUUUGCUGGAAGUUUCGCUACUAAAGCUUCAGCUUCAGACCUCCUCCGUAGCUCAAGAAGUGGUGUUUGUGGUGUGCCAUUGAAAGCCCUGGGAAGGGCUAGAUUGGGCUCCAAGAAGCGAGAGUUUGCAGUUUCUGCAAAGCUUAGGAAAGGUAGAAAGCACAAUAAUCCAUGGGCACAGGAUCUUGAUCCAAAUGUUAAGGGAGGGGUACUUCGUCAUGUGUCUUCUUUUAAGCCUUUGAAAGAGAAGCCAAAGCCUGUCAUAUUGGACUUUGAGAAACCUCUUAUUGGUCUACAGAAGAAGAUUAUUGAUGUUCAAAAAAUGGCAAACGAAACUGGGCUUGACUUCAGUGAUCAAAUUAUUUCUCUGGAAAACAAGUAUCAGCAGGCUCUUAAGGAUCUUUACAAGCAUCUCACACCUAUACAACGGGUCAAUAUUGCAAGGCAUCCUAACAGGCCAACUUUUCUUGAUCAUGUGUUCAAUAUCACUGAUGUGUUUGUGGAGCUCCAUGGUGAUCGAGCUGGAUAUGAUGACCCAGCUAUUGUUACUGGUCUUGGCAAGAUCAGUGGCCAAAGUUUUAUGUUCAUAGGUCAUCAAAAGGGCCGAAACACAAAGGAGAACAUACAGCGGAACUUUGGGAUGCCAACACCUCAUGGUUAUCGGAAGGCUCUACGGAUGAUGUACUAUGCAGAUCAUCAUGGAUUUCCCAUUGUUACUUUUAUUGACACUCCAGGGGCAUAUGCAGACCUCAAGUCAGAGGAACUUGGCCAAGGGGAAGCAAUAGCUCAUAACCUGAGGUCAAUGUUUGGUUUGAAAGUGCCAGUUAUCUGUAUUGUUAUAGGAGAAGGUGGAUCUGGAGGUGCUCUGGCUAUUGGCUGUGGCAAUAAAUUGUUAAUGCUUGAAAAUUCAGUCUUCUAUGUUGCCAGGUACUUGAAUUUGCACCCUUUAAACUAUUGA